CAAGAAAACCACUUACAACUUAGUGACAAUUAUUUUUCACAUUCUUACUGAAUUUGAGAGCCGUAAGUACCCGGAACUCGGAAUUUUAAUAAUUUGUGAUUUAUUUUAAUCCGAAAAAAAAAAUGCUAAGAAACAAGCCGCAACUACCGCAUAGAUUACCUCAAGCAGGAGGAGGACGUCCAAUUGGUAAGCCACGCGAUUUUCGUGAAAAUUUGGGAAUGGAACCCUUGAUCAGGCGCACUAUUAACGAGAACUACCGCGACUGGAAUGGUGGGCCGCGCAAUUGGAACGGUGGUAACGGUGGCGGUGGGCAGGAUAUUCGUCCUGCCGGAACCACACCACCGCCGCCGGCAAAUCUGGACUGGAAUAGUCCCAGUCCCCGGCGCAAUGAAUCUCCGAUGGGACAGGGCCGUCGUGACAUGUCCCCGGUUGAUAAUCCGAAACCCACUACAAAUAUUAUGGGAUAUCGCAACUAUGAUUAUUCCCAAAAUAUGCCGUAUUCCCAAAAUAUGGGUGGGGAGCCGAACCAAUAUAUGCCCAAUGACAACAUGGAUGUGGUACGGAUCUAUUCACAAGAGCCGCCGCAACAUUUCCGUAACCCGAUGUCCUCGAUGCCCCCGGAGCCCUAUUCGGGAAAUAAGCAGAACUUCGACGGGUCUCGUGACCAGAGUUUCGGAUUCCAUAGCUUCGAUGGAUAUCGUCGCUCUGAUUCGGGAUUCGAAAGCCGGAAUGGCUAUUCAAACGAGAAUUUUAAUCAAUCCGUUGAGAAGGACUAUGGUAACUGGCAGUCAUUUGGCAGCGGAAAUGAUGUGGCGAUGGGAAGGAAGCGCGAGGGGGAGCCACUAGUACCCGUAGGCCCGCCGCCGCGAAAGCGCGUGCGUCCGGAGGUGUCCGACCAGGUGUUCCUCAUCGGUGGCUACAAGUUGCCGUAUGUAACUCUUUCCAUCGAGGCCUUGCCCCAGCCGGAGAAUAGGUCGUAUGCGGUGAAGUUUUUCAAGAGGAUGCCCAACUAUCGCAUCCAUCCGAAGACCAAGGACAAAAAUGUCUACCAGGUGUAUGAUGAAAUGUUGGACCCUUUUGAUUUUGGGAACGAGGAAGGGGCCGGUCGCCCCUCGGCAAUUUCCCAGGCCUUCAAUCCAGCCCGUUUCCGGGACAAUCUCAGCAAGGAAUGGACCAAGAUCUACCGUGGUCGCAACUAUCGCAGCUGGGAGGGUUGGUGGGAGGACUUCCGUAACAUCGAUGUGGAUAUUUUCGCUCAGCUGGAUAAGUUCGAGGAUUUCAAUGUCAAGUACAACUUCUUGCCGCCGGAAGGACCUUUCGACAUCACGGAAAUACUCAAGAACAUCAGCAUUGCAUUGACCAAGAAUCGCAACAACUACUCGGGAAAUAUUCGUCAAAUCUACACCGUCAUGAAUCCCGGCAUCCUCUCGAAUCUUCCAAUGGAGGCAGUUGGCCAGCUGCAGGACUACAUUCGCAGUGUGCCCAAUCACUUGUGGGUGUACAAGAUGCGCAGCAUGAUAUAUACGUGGUACAACUACAGCCAGGUGAUCCAAAAUAACAAAGAUCCCAACGAAAAGAAGUUCCAGUUUGUCAACAAGGAGUGGCAGAGUCCUGUCAUCCACUGGAUGGCCAAGCAGGCCUUCUUCGAGCUCAAGGCCAUUAGCAAAAUCGAGUACCCCGACUAUAAGGUUGUGUAUGGAAAAUGCAACAAGUCGGCAAAGAAAUAAAUUGGUUCUUCAUUGGUUGUUCAAAAAUAUUUAAUAGACGUUCCAUAAAUCAUAGGAUCUCGAUAUGGUUUUUAUUUAAUAACUUCACCAUUUAUCUUGUAAGAACGAUGGAAUUUAGCAAUGACUUGCAAUAAAAACUGUCUAUUAACAAAA